AACUUCCGGUUGAAAUAUGCACAACUUCCGGGAAGCAUGUUGGCAUGGAAAAUGACUUUGAAAAGGGAGAUGAGGAUUUUUUCAGAGAUACAUAUGUGCGGUACCUAGGAUACAGUAAUGAAGUCGGCGAGGCGUUUCGAGCCCAGGUUCAUGUUAGAUGGGUCUACCUCAGUUAUUUUGUAGCCAGUGGUUAUGUGGUGGCAGACGCCAUACAUAAAGGCUGGGAAACUUCUCAGAAAUCCUGGGAAGACGAGCGUAAGAAGAGACAGCGUGUUGGGUUGGCAGUAGUAGACACACUUAUCUGGCAGGGUCUGGCGUCCGUGGCGAUCCCGGGGUUCACCAUCAACCGCAUCUGUACCUACACCGGGGUACUGCUGAAGAAGGCCACCACCUGGCCCGGCCCCACCAGAAAGUGGACUACCACCGCCGUGGGACUUCUCUCCAUUCCCUUUAUCAUUAAACCUAUAGAUAGGUCAGUUGACUAUCUGAUGGAAAACACUCUCAGGAAAUGGUAUGUUGGACCAGUCCUGAAGAAUGUGGUUCAUCACAAGAGAAAUGACUGACAAAAGGAAUGUAGUAUCCUAGCGUUACACGAUGCUCUUAAUUUUUUUUCAAGCUAUAGAUUCAUUUGGUAGCUUUUUUCCCCUAUUGUGCAAAAACAAACAUUGACAUUCAAGGAUAAAAUGGUCAUGAUUUUAUGGACAGCGAUAUACAUUGUAAGAUCUUAGGUCAAUCUAUGGCCUCUGAGGUGACUUCGAUCUGUAGGUGAAUAUUUAUUAUUGUAGAACGAUGACUGACAAACGCAGAUGACAAAGAUAUGACCUCGUUUGACCUCUGCACAGACGGACAAAAGUCUGUCCAAUUGGACAUAAAAGUGUCAUUAUUAGAAUUUACGUAAUGAAUUAGGCUUAAUGAAUAACGAUGAGUCAGCGGAAGUUUUUCUUUAUUUUUAUUUGGUUUGUUUUUACGUAUCAAAUAUUUGAAGUAAUUUUUUAUUUUUUUUUUCAAAAACAGUUUUCAUCUAAAGUUCGUUCAAAUAAUUUUUAUUUGUAUAUACUAGUACUCCUUUGUUGAACUAAAUUGUUGUCACUUUUCAAAUACUCAGUCUGAGAUAAUCGUGUUCAAUCAGGUUUUGAUCUUUUAUUUA